GUUUGUCACGUGACACAUCCGGCUUCUCCCUGCUCAGAAACGUUAGGCUUGUGUUUGAUGUGAGCUCUUCUGUUUUUUUCGCCUGGGGCUACAGACGCAGUCCAACCCUUGCCAACACAACAGAUCGAGCACAGCCCGUCAGCCACUCGUUAUCCUGCUAAACAAACGACCCAAUAUGAAUUUCUUCCUGGAAACAAUCCAAGUCAUCCUGCUGUCCAUCUGGUACAAUGUGGAAUCGUUUAUCCACUUCUUUGUACCUAUGAAGAAGAAGAACAUAGCUGGUGAGGUGGUGCUGAUAACAGGAGCAGGUAGCGGGAUCGGUCGCCUCAUGGCUCAGGAGUUUGCAGCUCUUGGCACUGUGCUGGUGUUGUGGGAUAUUAACCAAGAGGGAAUGAAAGAAACGGCUAGACUGGCUAAACAGAGUGGAGCUAGUAGAGUCCACUUCUAUCUAUGUGACUGCAGCGACAAGAGCGAGGUUUACAGAGUGGCUGACCAGGUGAAGCGAGAGGUGGGUGACAUCAGCAUUCUGGUGAACAAUGCUGGGAUUGUAACAGGAAAGAAGUUCAUGGAUGCUCCGGAUUCCCUGAUUGAGAAAACAGUGGAGGUCAACACCAUGGCUCACUUCUGGACCUACAAGGCCUUUCUUCCUGCCAUGAUUGCCAAUAAUCAUGGCCAUCUUGUCAGCAUUGCUAGUAGUGCUGGACUCAUAGGAGUUAAUGGAUUAGCAGACUACUGUGCCAGUAAAUUUGCAGCAGUGGGUUUUGCAGAGUCAGUGGCUCUGGAGCUGCUGGCAACUGGAAAAGAUGGCGUCAAGACUACUAUUGUGUGCCCAUACUUCAUCAACACUGGAAUGUUCGAUGGAUGUCAAACUAAGUGGCCAAGACUGCUGCCAAUCCUGAAUCCAGAGUAUGUAGUCAAGAAGAUCAUCCACGCUGUGCUCACAGACCAGGUCUACCUGCUGCUGCCCAGGAGCAUGUACCUCAUCGCAGCUCUCAAAAACAUCCUCCCCAUGAAGCAGGGCAUUCUGCUGGGCCAGUAUCUCGGAGCUUUCAACCUCAUGGACACAUUCAAGGGGCGCUCCAAGAAACAGGCGUGAAUGAAGGGAGAGGAAAAUAAGAAGUGAAUGACUUUAAUGGAUUCAGAACACACGUUAACGGCAAUUUUAUUCCUAAUCUUAUACAUAGAAUAAAAUAAUACAGAGACGGACAGUUGUCGUUAAAGUUAAAUCUAAAUUUUGAUUUUAAAAGCCUCCUUGAUUUUACUACACCAUAUGAAAAAUGUAUGUUGGAUGGAUUAACAGGCAAAAGAAGGAGCCCUCCCAAAGCAUUAUGCCCUUCCAUAGCAAAUAGCAAACCAUCCACAAAGUGAAGAAGCCACAUUGUAGCCUGUUGUUUAAAAACAGGCAUCCAUACUCAGGAAGACUUAACCCUACUAAAUGGGUUUGCAAGAUAUUAAAAACUUCACCUUGUUAAGGUAGCCAAUUGUCCAGACCACUCAAAGUUCUUUUUCACAUUGUGUUAUUAGCAUGAGAAUGAAAGCGUCAUUGUUUUUAAAGUAUUUUAUUCACUUAAAUUCUUAAUUCACAAACUGGUGAAGCUGGUCAUCCAUUAAUCCCAGUGUCAAUCCCCAGAUCCGCCCACUGCAAAGCAAAGCAAAACACUGUAUAAAUUCAGCCAGUUGAGUGACUGUUAAAAUGUUAGGUGUAUUGAGAUAGCACUGGAAGUGGACUGUGAGUCUUCUGACCACUCAAAGUUCUUUUACAAUGCAUGUCACACUUACACACUGAAGCAGUCCAACCAUCAAACAGCAACACUGUAAAUAAUUUUCCUGUAAAAUAACAGUAAAGAUCUGGCAGCAGGGACGCCAGCAAUAUACCGUAAUUUUUACGGUAGUCAUCCGUAAAAUGAUUUGUAAACCAAAAAUACGGUAUAUUUCUGUAUUUCUAUAAUUUACGGUAAAGAGCUGACAGCAGGGACGCCAGCAAUAUACUGUAAUUUUACGGUAUUCAUACUGUGAAUUGACUUUACAGUAGUAGUCUGUAGAAAAAAUAAAUGCAGCAUAUUUCUAUUAUUUGGAAAUUACAGUAAUAUUGUUUAAGUUGUUACUUUAACUUUUCACAGUUUACUGUAGACAGGCACAGUAGAUAAUACAAUAACUCAAUUUAGCAGUUUCUUAAAAUAUCAGUCUUAAAUGCAAUCAGUAUUAGAACUUCAUUAUUCUCAGGGCUAUAGACAAUUGCUUAAGCACCUAUAAGGCUUGAGGAUUCAAGUGUCUCUUGUCCGAACUAGCUUAAUUCUGUUAACUCAUUGUAAAACACACUUUACAAACAACACGACACAAACAAAAUAAAACUCACCAAAACUAUCUCUAGGUGAUGUUCUAAAAAUCCUAUGGUUUGGUUGAAAUAAAUUGUUAACUACCGGGCAAGAUAUAAUUAUUCAAGUUUCCUAAUGCUAUUUUCCUGCUAGUUCCAUCUGCCAAUGUUGGCCUCUCGCUAAUAUUGUUUCGGCUAGCCUAUUCAAAUCUAAGCAUCACUGAUACAUAUAGCGAGACAAACUCCUGAGCGUUAUAUCAAACAUUCUUGGAAAUGUAAAUACAAUAGCCUACCCACAGGCAAAGAAAAUAAGAUUUUAUUUAAGGUACCGUUUAAUUUUGUACAUGCAAGACCAGAAUGAUGGUGAUGAAGACCGAUGAUAUGUAGCACAUGCCCACUAGAUUGUGCAUCCUGCCGUCGUCUUCUGGAACAUUUCCAAAAAAUAUUGUAGUUUCCUGUAAUUUAAAACAUCAGCAUACUGUUUACGGCCUCUGUCCUGUUGCUCCAAGUUAAGAAGCCCACAAUGCAUUGUUAACUAUCGUACUAAACUGUUAAACAUGAAAACAGUAUUUUAGUGUUGAAAAUUGGCUGUAAAUUUACAGCAAUUGCUUACAGUGCAACCUUCUGAUUAGUGGAUGACCUACUCUACCUCUUGAGGUACUAGCUAGUAGCAUGCUAGCAUGUGUAUAAAUGGCAGCACUCACAGCUGUGAGUGAACCAAAACAGUAAUGCCAUGCUAUUUGACUGUGGCCUAGAGGAGUCAUGGUGAUAAAAAGCUAUAGGUAUGUUAAAGAAUCCUCCUCACAGUAUACUCAGGUGAUCAUGUUAUGUGUAGUAUUUUCAAAAGUAAAGCAUAACUUGAAUUGUUUUUUUAAAGUACUAUCCAUUUUUAUGGUCCUAUCAUUACACACAUUAAGCACAUUACUACCAUGUAAUACUGUAAUGGCCAUGUUAUAAAUAUAUCUACAUAUGUAUCAUGGAUGUCAUUUUUGUUUUAAUUUCUCAUUGUUAAUGUGUCCUAUGUAAUUUUAAACUGAUUGUGAUCACAUGCAAUGUAGAUGAACAUAGAAGACAUCAGCUUAUGAAAUUAUGUGGCAAACAAAAAAUGUGUUUACAUGUUUUUGUUUUUAUUUAAUAGUUUUCAUAACUUCAGUGUUAAUCUGCAAUGAAGAAAAUAAUAAAGAAAUAUAGAAAAAACACUGAA